UUGACCAUGUUUAUGAAAACACGAGCAAAAAAGACAGAGAAUAAUGAAGGCCAACAAGUUGAGACUUUUGAUGAGGAGGCUGCUGCUAUUAUAAGUCAAUUCAAUGAUUAUUUGGAGGAGAGGCCUGAAGAUGAAGAAGAUGAUUCAUUUCGAGAGGAGGUAUUUACUAAAGUGAUGGGAGAAGAUACACAUGGACGUGUCCGCAUGUACGGGACAGGAGUAACUCCAUCUCAAAUAUUUGGUCAAACUUCGACAACUUCUGAAAUUAAUGAAAAAAGAACAUUGGAGGACAUGGAAAGAAACUAUGAGUCCAAGCUAAAUGAUCUUAAAAGUGGCUAUGAAUCUCAAUUGGGAGAGAUGAAAUCAAAGUAUGAUGAUAUGAAAUCAAAGUAUGAUGAUGUAUUGUCACGAUUGGAUCUUUUAAUGGCUCAUGUGGGCAUCCAAGUGAACUCAAGUGGCACUAGAAGUGAUCAAAUUCCAGAUGGCCAAUUAGAUAGAGAAGGGCAGCAACAAAUGUCUUUGUCAACUUCAACAUAA